GCGAUCCUUCCAUUUCACCAGACAAUAUUCUCUGAGCUCUGAGCUCUCUCAACUCCGCCGAGCUAGCCAUGGCCAAUACUAAACUUGUGGUGGAAGUUCACGACGCAAGCGACCUGAUGCCGAAAGACGGCGACGGUUUUGCGAGUCCCUUCGUGGAGGUAAACUUUGAAGGGGAGCGGCAGCGGACUCAGACCAAGCCAAAAGAUCUCAAUCCUAACUGGAACGAGAAGCUCGUCUUCAACAUCAACGACCGUUCUCACCUCCCCCACAAGACCGUCGACAUUGUCGUUUACAAUGACAGACAAACUGGACACCAUACGAACUUCCUCGGCCGAGUCAGAAUCUCCGGCGUCUCCGUCCCUUUCUCCGAGUCUCAGGCCACCAUCCAACGGUACCCGCUCGAUAAGCGCGGUGUCUUCUCUCAUGUCAAAGGCGAUAUUGCCCUCAGAAUCUACGCUAUUCAAGAUUACAUCAACAAUGGCGACUUUGCUCCAACACCAGCACCACCCCCACCUACACUAAAUGAUGAAUUUGUUACUAAUAGUACUGGUGGUGCUGCUGGGACUACUCGUCCUCCUCCGCUGCAGGAAAUCAAUACUAAUAGGAUCGUUGAGGAGAUUCAUCACCACCAUUUUGGGGGAGAGAAGAUCAAGAAGAAGAAGGAAAAAGAAGUGAGAACUUUCCACUCCAUCGGCACUGGGAUGGGUGGUGGUGGUGGCGGCGGCGGUGGUUCUCAUCCUCCUCCUCCAAUGUCUUCGGGAUUCGGAUUUGAGACAAUGAAGGAGAAGGCGCCCACCGUUGAAACAAGGACGGAUUUCGCUCGGGCGGGUCCUGCCACGGUUAUGCACAUGCAGCAGCAGAACCCGGAAUUUUCCCUGGUGGAGACAGAUCCACCAUUGGCGGCGCGGCGGUACAGAGGUUUUGGAGGGGACAAGACCUCGAGCACAUACGAUCUGGUUGAGCAGAUGCAUUACUUGUACGUGAGUGUGGUGAAGGCAAGAGAUCUUCCAACCAUGGAUGUUACAGGAAGCCUUGAUCCUUAUGUGGAGGUGAAGCUUGGCAACUACAAAGGGGUGACCAAGCAUGUGGACAAGGACCAGAACCCUGUGUGGCACCAGAUUUUCGCCUUCUCGAAAGAGCGCGUGCAAUCCAAUUUGCUUGAAGUCACUGUCAAGGACAAGGAUUUCACCAAGGAUGAUAUCGUGGGGAGGCUACAUUUCGAUCUCAGCGAAGUCCCCCUUUGCAUGCCGCCUGACAGCCCUUUGGCUCCUCAGUGGUACGGGUUGCUGGACAUGCACGGGAACAAGGUCAGAGGGGAGCUUAUGCUUGCUGUUUGGGUAGGGACUCAGGCCGAUGAGUCCUUUCCCGAUGCUUGGCAUUCCGAUGCACAUGACAUUAGCCACGUCAAUCUCGCCACCACUCGAUCAAAGGUUUACUUCUCCCCCAAGUUAUAUUACCUUCGAGUUCAAAUUCUGCAAGCUCAGGAUCUUGUUCCUUGGGAUAGAAACCGCCCUUUGGAUACAUAUGUCAAGGUACAGCUUGGGAACCAGCUGAGGGUCUCAAGGCCUUCCCAAGUGCAUACUAUUAACCCCGUUUGGAAUGAUGACCUCAUGCUCGUGGCCUCCGAGCCUUUCGAAGAUAUCUUAGUUAUAUCAGUUGAGGACAGGGUUGGUCCUGGAAAGGAUGAGAUAUUAGGGAGGGUGAUUCUUUCGGUUAAAGACCUUCCGCAGAGAAUUGACACUCAUAAGCUCCCGGAGCCGAUAUGGUUCAAUCUCCACAAGCCUUCAGCAGCUGCUGAAGAGGAAACUAAAAGACAGAAGGAGAAGUUCUCAAGUAAGAUUCAUCUGCGCCUCUGUUUAGACGUGGGUUAUCAUGUUCUUGAUGAGUCCACACACUUUAGCAGCGAUUUUCAGCCGUCGUCCAGGCACCUGAGGAAAUCAGGCAUUGGAAUUCUUGAGCUUGGGAUCCUGAGUGCCAGAAAAUUUCCAGCUUUGAAGGGAAAUGAGGGUAGGACUACUGAUGCAUACUGCGUGGCCAAGUAUGGAAACAAGUGGGUGCGAACCAGAACGCUUCUCGACACUCUGUCUCCUCGCUGGAAUGAGCAGUAUACUUGGGAAGUUUAUGAUCCAUGUACUGUAAUCACCAUCGGUGUUUUCGACAAUUGCCAUACCAACGGAAGCAGGGAAGACUCGAGAGAUAAAAGGAUUGGGAAGGUGAGAAUUCGAUUAUCGACUUUAGAAAUUCAUCGAGUUUAUACGCAUUUCUAUCCCCUGCUGAUCCUCACACCCUCGGGUUUAAAAAAGCAAGGGGAACUUCAGUUAGCAUUGAGGUUCACUUGCUUUGCUUGGGUUAACAUGUUAGCUCAAUAUGGAAGACCAUUGCUUCCAAAGAUGCAUUAUGUCCAGCCUAUACCUAUUAGGCACCUUGAUUGGCUCCGCCACCAAGCAAUGCAGAUUGUAGCAACGAGGCUCGCCCGUUCAGAGCCACCGCUCAGGCGGGAGAUUGUCGAGUACAUGUUAGACAUAGACUACCAUAUGUUUAGUAUGAGGAGAAGCAAAGCCAACUUCCACCGCAUCAUGUCGGUUCUCAGCGGGGUCAUGACUGUCUGCAGAUGGUUUAAUGACAUUUGCAACUGGAGAAACCCGAUCACAACGUGCCUCGUCCAUAUCUUGUUUGUGAUAUUAGUUUGCUACCCAGAACUAAUAUUGCCCACAAUUUUCCUCUACCUCUUUGUGAUUGGUAUAUGGAACUACCGGCUCAGGCCAAGGCACCCACUUCACAUGGAUGCUCGGCUUUCGCAGGCAGAGGUUGCCCACGCGGAUGAGUUGGACGAGGAAUUUGACAGCUUCCCCACGGGUCGGCCCGCGGACAUUGUGAGGAUGAGGUACGACAGGUUGCGUAGCGUGGCGGGCAGGGUGCAGAUGGUGGUUGGAGAUUUGGCAACCCAAGGGGAAAGAGCACAAGCAUUACUCAGCUGGAGGGAUCCGAGAGCAACGGCAAUCUUCAUCAUCUUCGCGUUGAUCUGGGCCAUGUUGAUAUACGUUACUCCGUUCCGGCUUAUAGCAGUGCUGUUCGGUAUCUACCUUCUUCGGCAUCCACGGUUCAGGAGCAAGAUGCAUUCUGCACCAGUUAAUUUCUUCAAGAGAUUGCCAUCCAAGUCAGAUAUGCUACUAUCUUGAUUAUUUGUAUAUUCGCCUAAUUCUCGUGAAGAAAAGGUUGUUUAGUAAAUAAACCAAUCAAAUAAUAGCUGGAGAGACGAUGCCAUAACGUGCUUUUUUCUUGAUCAAUUGUUGAAUACGUACAUUGAAAUUUUAAUAAAUAUGCAAGUAUUUUUUGAAAAAGCA